GCCUCAUAUAUUUAGAUGCAGUAUCAGGAGAUCGGUCCCUUGUGCAUCUUCCCCGUCUUGACUUGCUCCGGUUCAAUUCAAAUCACCUCGCUCGCCGUCCGUCUUCGUGGAGCUUUCGAAUACGAGGCGGCGAUCGAUGCAUUCCCGCCACCAACGCCUCGCGUCGCUGACGAAGUUGCUCACUUCCCACGUCAACGUCGGCCGUCACCGGGAUGCUCUCGCCUUCUUCUCCCGCAUGGUCUCCGACCCCUCCCUCCCGCCGCUCUCCGACCCCUCCUUCGCCUACGCCUUCCCGCUCGCCCUCAAGUCCUCCUCCGCCCUCCGCCUCCCCUCCGCCGCCGCCGCCGCCGACUCCCUCCACGCCCUCGCCGCCAAGUGUGGCUUCCUCUCCAGUCCAUUCUUCGCCUCCGCGCUCGUCGCCUCCUACGGCGCCUGCGCCUCCCCCGCCCUCGCCCGCCGCCUGUUCGACGAAUUGCCCCACCGCAACGCCAUCGUCUGUAGCGCCAUGAUCUCCGUCCACAUCCGAUCGGGCGACCUCGCCGGGGCGCUGCGUGAGCUCGAUCUCAUGGAUGUGGCGCCGACCGCCUCCUGCUUCAACUCUGUGAUCGCCGCGGUUGCUGAGUCCGGGGAACAUCCGGCCCGGGCCAUCGAUCUCUACCGACGGAUGCAGAGAAUGGGCGUUCUCCCGAGCCUCAUUACUCUGCUGGCGCUCGUCCCCUCGUGCACGGCGCUGGGUGCGUUGAGCUCAAUCAAGGAGGUUCACGGUUUUGCUACGCGGCACGGCAUGUUUGCGAGCUGCCACCUAGGAAGCUCCCUCAUUGAAGCAUACGGGCGAUGUGGUUCUCUGGCUGGCGCACGGAACGUGUUUGACCAGGUGCAGGAGCGCGAUGUGGUUGUCUGGAGCUCUAUUGUAUCAGCAUAUGCAUUCCAUGGCCACGCAGAUGUUGCAAUGUCGCUUUUCAGGCAUAUGGAGCUGGACAAUGUCCGGCCUGAUGGCAUAAUGUUCCUUGGCGUAUUAAAGGCUUGCGGCCAUGCUGGUCACGCAGAUGAUGCAUUGAAGUAUUUCGAUGUUCUAACCAAAAUAUUUGGGGUCGAGGCCUGUGGAGAUCACUAUUCAUGCUUGGUUGAUGUCUUGGGCCGGGCAGGAAGACUACGCCAAGCUUAUGAUGUUAUACAGACAAUGCCAGUUAAGGUUACUGCGAAAGCCUGGGGUGCUCUUCUUGCUGCUUGCAGGAAAUAUGGGGAGGUGGGGUUGGCAGAGGUUGCAGGGAGAGCAUUGUUUGAGAUUGAACCGGAGAAUGCAGGUAACUUUGUUUCACUUGCGAACAUCUAUUCAGGCAUGGGUAUGCAUGACAAGGCAGAACAGGUGAGAAGGGAGAUGGAGCAGCGAGGUGUGCGGAGAUUGCCUGGAAGCAGUUGGAUGAUACAUUGCAAGUCAAGUGAACUGUUCUGAAAGGGGAAACACACUUUGAGAACUGCAUCACAGACUCACAAGAAAAUUUUAUCAAGAUAUUCAAAUCGUUUCGUAUCCAUGAAAGACAGGCAGUGAGAUCAGCAUCAAGCACUACCAGCGGGCACCAGCAGAUGCAUGUGGGCCACAGCACUAGCCAGUACCACGGAUGGUUCCGUCUUCCUGGCCGUGCAAGCCAGUCCACUUCUCAUCAUCCUCUGUCCGUGCAAGGUGCCCUGGCUGCAAGUAUAAAUACCCAGUCUCCUUACCUUGCAAGUCUGGGCUCUUAACCAAAUGAGCAGGAGCCAACUGAUGCAUAUGUAUAAGCUUGGAGAUCUGACGCCUGCUCCAUCCAUGACGAUUCCAAUGGCACAUUCCUCAAGGCCAACUCUGGGUUUUCCCCUAGGGACGGCGCUCCUGAUCUUUGUUAUCUUCUCCCUCAGUGGCAUCUUCUCAUGUUGCUACCACUGGGACAAGCUCCGUGCCUUCCUCUGGUCUCGGCAUCCUGAUGUGAUACUCCAAGAAGGCCAGCACACCGUCAUCUCCAUUGCGUCUCCGAGCAAGACAACAUCUGAUCACAAGAACGAGAAAGCAGAGAAAGAGUGUGGUUUGCCCGUUAUUAUGCCUGGGGACAGGAUCCCCAAAUUCUUCGCCAGGCCGUGCCCGCAUGAGAAGUGUUUGCCUGCAGCAGAGGAGGAGGAAGCUGAGGUGCAAGUCAAAUGUUCUGUUCCACAAUCUAGUUAGUAGCUGUAAAUGAAGCCAUACAGAGUGGGUGUAUAUAAGCUUUUAUUAGAACCUCUAAAAAAAAUUCCAUUUCCUCUUUGGUCCUAUGAAAA